AUGUACAUCCCCAAGAAAUACCUUGAAGAAGAUUGGGAACAAGUGGAGUAUCUUAUCAAGACAUACCCACUUGCUACUAUCAUUACUCAUGAUGCCAACGAAGGAAUCAUUGCCAACCAUAUUCCCUUAGUUCUUCAAAAGGAUUCUGAAUCUGGUGAAACGUAUCUUUGUGCACAUGUUGCUAAGACUAACCAUCAGCUUCCAUCGUUAAAGGAGAAUCCAUCUGUGUUAAUCAUCUUCCAAUCGUCCAAUUCAUAUGUUUCACCUUCAUAUUACCCUCAAAAGAAGAUUGAUCACAAGGUGGUUCCUACUUGGGAUUUUGCGGCUGUUCACAUCGAUGCCUCAAGUCAAGUAGUAGAUGACGGUGACUUUGUUAGAAAGCAAUUGGAAGCUUUAAGUAGCCAACAAGAAGCUAAAAGAGAUGAGCCAUGGAGUGUCAAGGAUGCUCCAGAGAAAUACACUCAAUUGUUACAGAAAGCCAUUACUGGUGUUCAGUUCAAGAUCAACACCUUUCAAUGUAAGUACAAGUUUGAACAAGCUAUGGGUAAAGAUAAUGUGGAUGGAGUUGUCAAGGGAUUUGCUCAAGACGGACUUACGGAACAAUCUGAUCUUGUUUUAGUUUCAAAUCAAAGAUUUGAAAGAAGAAAGGCUGCUACUAAAUAG